AUGCGCAUCCGGAAGCCAUUUGCUGGUGCCUUCGUAGCCCUCAUCUUCAUCAGCGCCGGCGCCGGCUUCUCCCCACCCGAUUACAAGAUCCCCUCAUACAAGCAAUCGGAUAAAGCACUACACUUCAUCGCCUUCUUCCUACUCACACUAUGCUUUUACUGGAUACUAGAAACGAGUAGGAGGAAGGUCUUGCAGCUCACCUUUACCGUGUGCACGAUUGGUCUGGGAGUCGCAAGUGAGGUCGUACAAGGGCUGUUGCCUAUACAUCGCGACUUCGAUUACUACGACAUCAUAGCCAACGUUCUCGGUUCGCUCCUCGCUCUCGGCCUAUGCAAUUGGUACCACAAGCGCAUGCUCGAGCGCAAACGGGCUGCGCGCGGAUAUACAGCCGUCGCGGGUGACGAGGAGCGGGAUAUUGAGUUGGGCGAGAACCCCGAAGGUCAGGAAUCUGGUGUUGUCAGAACUACAGUGGACGAGGAGCUUGAAAGAUGGGACGAGAACGCGGAAGACUGGGAAACAACCGAACCCGAGCCGUCGAAUGGAAAGAGUCUCGAAGAUGGGGGUGAUUUGGGCGAGGGCAAGAAGCGGAACGACUAA